CGGCGGAUGCCAGCGGCAGCCGGGCGAUGGCGAGGAGCCGGGCGGCUUACGAGUACACGGAGGCGGAGGACAAGAGCAUGCGGCUGGGUUUCCUCCUCAUCGCCGCCGGCUUGCUUUCCCUUUUGGGUUUGGGUUGUUGCUGGCUUCGCCCGGCGCUGCAGGAGCGGGGCGGCGGCGGCUCCGCCAACUGCACGGUGCUGGCGGUGCGGCAGCUGGGGGAGCGCUUCGCCUGCACCUUCUCCUGCGGGGCCGCCUGCCGCGGCACCGCCCGCUACCCCUGCCUCCAGGUCCUGGUCCGCACCUCCCGCUCCUCCGCACCCGCCCUGCUCCACGAGGACGAGCGGCAGCUCCGCACCAACCCCAAGUGUUCAUACAUCCCUCCCUGUGCAAGAGAUGAUCAGGAGAACUCUGAGAACGUCACGUACAAGCAGAAAUACUGGAAAGAGAAAGUGGGUUCUCAACCAUUUACAUGCUAUUUUAACCAGCACUUGAGGCCAGAUGAUGUGAUGCUGAAGCGCACCCAUGAUGAGACUGUCCUCUUGCACUGCUUCCUCUGGCCUGUGGUGACAUUCCUGGUUGGAGUCCUCAUCGUGGUCCUGACCAUCUGUGCCAAGAGCUUGGCUGUCAAGGCAGAGGCAAUACAAAAGAAGAAGCAUUUGUGAGUGGCAAGGCUGCUGAUGGAAAAGAAAAAUCUGCAAGAAGGUCUCAAGUGGGGAAACUUGACACACCUGCAGGUCUGCGGGGCACCCUUCGUCUCCUACCAGGGUCUGAUCUGAUGGUGGAGUUGCUCUUGCCUCAGGAUUUUUCUUAGAAGACUGCCCCAUGAAAUGCCAGCUAAUUGCUUCUUCUGCUAUGACAGUAAAUAAGUAUAUUCUACCAAAAAAAAAAUAAUCUACACUGCACCAAAUAUGCUGUGUGCUGUUAGUGCUGAACUGCAGCUACCCAAGUCCUAGUGGAAGUGAGACAGUUUAUAAAACUCCCUGAUGAUGCUCAUUUCAUCUCUACAAAGCGAUCUUUGCUAAUGUUUAAUAUUAAAUUUUAAAAUAUUUACUUUAGAUAGACCUUAUUUUCAAAAUAAUAAAAUUUGAUUGUUUUGGGUUUUUUAACCUUUGGAAUUUUUUUUUAUUUAAAAGGAAAGGCUUUAAGACAAACAUAACACUGUGCUGAUUUGGGUUUUUUUCCCACUGUGUAGAACUUAAUUUUAAAAUUCAAACUUUAACUUCUGUCUAGACUAAGUCUUUCAUCAUCACCUGUUCAUUUUGAUGAAAUGUAGAAAUCUCUCAAAAGUAGUUAUCAAAAAAAUGAAAUAUUAUUGGAAAGAUGAUUAAAUGCUGGAUCUAAUUUUAUUGCCUCAGUGGUAUUCAGUCCCUACAGUUGUUCUUGUCCCCUCUCAGAUACACUCUUCAUGAAUGCUCUCAGACUGUAAGCAUCAGGAAUUUUACAUCAGUAGUUUUACAUUAAUAUAUUUUACUAGCAUCUUCCCUCAAAAUUGGAGUGCCUGUGCACUUGCUGAGGAGAGCCUGUGAGCAAUGGUGUGAUCCUUCUCACCAGAAUCCAGGAAUAGCCAGGGAAGACAUCAGCUCCUUGUAGGGCUCUAGGUGUUUGCUGCUGAACUGCCCAUCCCAGUCACACCAGCUCCAUGAAGGCUCCCAUGCAGGGGACGCUCCAGAAAAUGCAAGGCAAUUCGGGCACGGAAUCUUGCUGAGUCUCCUUUCUCUGCUUGCUCCAGGUCCUCACUGUGUAUGAUUGGAGUACCAGCCCUCGUCCACUUGCUCAUUGCAGAGAUUUCCAUAUUUCUGGCAGUUUCCCUGGGCACAUUUUUUUGCAUACCAUAGUCAGGGGCUGAGGCCAGAGUAGCUUCAUGGCACACGUCCAUACUCCCACAGGGCUGGACCCCCCUGGGACCAGCUGUGCAGCUUUGCAAGGCUGAAGUGCAGCAGAGAAGAAAAGCCGUGUGGCUCAGUCAGGAAAAUGAGUGAUUACUGGCAAAGCAUUUUAAUUUACAUUAACAAUUCUGCAAUUCUAAACAUACUGUGCAUUGUACUAAUCUCUGAUAUUCUUAGUAUUACGUUUAAAUACCUUGUGUUUCGUUGUGAUUUUAACACUUAACAGAAGUAUUUCCUGAGGAUGAGAAAAGUGCUAGAUUUGAAAGCCUGAAAGCUUAGUUGGCACAGUGACAAAUCUGCUUGUAUUGCCCAGUGUCCUCUUCAGAUGAAUUGUAUUGUGUGUUUUCCAACUGAUUUCCAUGAGGCUUCUUGUACACAUUGUGGUUUCCAGUGAUAAGGGUGAUAUAUGGCAGGGGCAGCAGGUGACUGGAGGUCAUUCCCAGCCCCCCUUCUUACUUGCUAUGUGACUUUUGGAGAGUCCUCUGGUCCGGGUCCACACUGGGAUAGCUGUUCCUUCAAAGGAAUUUAAGGAAAUAUGUUUGUGGAGGUAGGAACUUGAUGCUUCUUGGCAUGUUACUCCACGUGAAAGAUCCAGUUCGUGUUGGUUGCACAUGUUCAAGCACCUCCAGUCCCAUGGAUGAAAAACAGUUCUUGUGAGAAGAAUUUCCAGUUCUCUGUGUUAAACAUCACCCCUUUGGAGAUGCCUGUUGCCAGGCUCAAACAGAUAACCUCUGUCUCAGCCUGCUGAGAAAUAUAGUGCUGGAUAUACAGGGUGAAGAGAGGCUAUGAGCUCAGCCUGUUAGAGGAAAGCCUGCCAACUUCUGGAAGGGCUGUUCUGCAGAGGGCACUCUUUCAUUUCACUUGUAUCUUCAAGUUCACUUGCAAGCAAGGCCACUGCUUGCAUCCUCUGCUAUUCUCUUGCCUCAGCAACCCACAGAAACAUUGCAUCGUGUGUCUCAUUCAGGGGGUUAGUUACUAUUUUUUAUACAUAUAUAUUACUUUUCCACACUAUGCAAAGCACAGAAAGCUGCCAUUGUGGGGUGGUUUGGUUACCUGGCUAAGGUGAUGGCAAGUUCUCUUUGUCUAUUUCUGCACGGUAGCUUCUUACAGUUAAGGAGAAUAACUCUGAUUUUCUGCAUAUAUCCAUCCUUUGUUUUCCCAAGGCAGAAGGAAAUACAGAGUGACACAGAUUCAUCAUGAAAUUUUAAGCCAGUACCUUGGGGCUCGCAAAUCCAGAUUAACGAAAUCCGCUCUAGCUUUGCUCCAGAAGCUUUUGUGACUGAAUUGUACAGCUGGUUCUCUGAGCAAAAAGCAAGAAGCAAAUUGAGCUGAUGCAACUCACUUGAUUGGCAAUCAUAUAUCUAAAUCUGUUGGAAAUGUCAUUUGCAAAGGCCUCUGGAAGAAAGUAAUGGUUGCAGAGAUGAUAUUAAAUUAUCUUACUGUAAGAUUAACAUCCCAAGUUAAACAUCUAAAUUAGUAUGCAAAGACAGGCAGUAUGCAAAGACUGGCAUGGCAGUGUGUGAUACUAAGGGGAAAAAAAAAUCCUAAAAUUCACUUUUCUGUCCCAGCCCGCCCCUCAUUGAUUUAGAAACAUAUUUGUAAUCUCUGUACUUGGUUGUGGAAGCUGGGGAUUUCCUUUUAGUGGAUUAUUCACUGAUUUCCUCCUUGGCUUUGCAGAUUUCCAGUUUUGGUGGUGUAUUCUCUGAAACAUAUUUGCAGCCAGAGCGGCUGCUUUUCCCAGAGCCAUCUGCAGAGUCAAUUUUUGCAUUUUAUUCAAUAUUUAUAUGCCACUGCAUUGAGGAAUUUUCUUCUGUCGUGCUGUCUACUGCUCUGCUUUAGUAAGACCUGCCUUCUCUUUCAUGCGGUGCAAUUACAUAAAUUUUUUUAUGUGGUAUCUUUCCUGUUAGCUUCUUAGGCUCAUUUUAAAAGUCAAAGUAAUAAGAGCAUUUUUUUGUUGCACUUCUCCUGCUUUUUGUGUUUUGGUGUUGCCAGUAAUAGACAAGAUUUCACAAUAUGUUAGAAAAUUCAGCUACUGAAUGAAGAGCUUAAUUCAAUGCUCGGAGUAGAUGAGGGAUGUCAUGGAAGUAUCCAGGGACAUUUUAAAAGACCAUUACUCACAAUUUCUGCUAUAAAUGUAACCCUAUGAUAGAGGUCCAGCACAGAGUGAUGGAUUUUAAGGACAUUUGUAAACUGAGCUCUUCAGUAGGUGCCGGAGAACGAAAGUUAGAAAGUGCAGUGGAAAGGUAGCCCAGGUCCCAGUUUCCAGACUUGUGCUUCCAGGUGGGUUUUAAGGGAUUUGUCCUAGAACAGAACAAAGAUGUCUAUGAGGCAUGAGAGUGCAGGGUUCUCCGUGGAUCGGCCACCUUGGCUCAGCCUGCCCCUGACCACCUUAGCCCUGGUGAUGGUGUCCGUGGGGUUUCCCUGCCUACAAUUUGCUUCUGGGAGCUCUCAUUCCUGAGCCAGGGCUGCAGUGUCAUGCCCACAGGAGCAGGUGUGUCUACAGAGGGCUAUCAUGCAUCUGAGCUCAUUUCACACACUACAUGAAAGAAUCUGUCAAGCAUGUGUUAUCCAGUCAGAGUCCAUCUGGGAAAUGUGAAAGAGGAAACAUUGGUCAAUGUUUAAAACCCUUUAAUAAAUAAGGUUGUAGGGCUUAAGUGUCCUUGAGGAAGUGUCUAAUGCAGUUUGCUAGGGGUUUGGGCCUUACUCAAAAAAUUAAACCUAUUUAAGACUCGCAGUGGGUCUGGUCCAAUGGCAGGACCAUGUGGAUUGCCUGUGAACAGAAGGAAUGUGCUGUGCAAGCCUCUUUGCUCAGUACUGCAAAUAUGGGAGCUACCUGCUGAAUUGGGUUUCUGCAAACUUAAGCCUAAAUGACCAAAGUAUUUUAAAGCCAAGAACAAACAUGUGGAAGAGGAGACAUCCACAAGAGUGUCUAUUAAGAAAAGAAAAACACUCAGGCCAUGGCUUAUGUUUAGAUAAUCAAAUGAAAGGAACUACAGCUGAAUUUCUAAUUAUGGCACCUAUAGUAUCAUGUAAAUAUGGUCUUUCAAUCCUGGGCAGAAAUCUUAUAGCCAGAGCUACUGAAAAAUCAACUGAUUUCUGUGUGGGGGUUCUCUGAGAAUCAAAGGCUAUUUGUUUUGGUUUUUUUUUCCUCGGCAUAGGACAGCUGCUAUUCCUCCAUUAUCUUUCAAUCAGAAACCAACCUCUUCCCUUUCUGGUAUCUUAAGAGGCUGCUGUGCUGAUCUGUCAAGUUAACAGUCUUUGCUGCAGAGAGCAUGAGCAGGAAAGCCUCCAAGGGAAUAUGCGUGCAAUUAAUCAUACUGCCUUGUCAGGUCACAGAACCACUGAAUGAAUCAACCCCGAAGUUUGAUAUUUGAGAGUCUGUGCAAUUCUUGUUCUGGUUUGAUAUGCUGGUGCGAAUGCUGCCAUUGCUUGCACUAUGUUUAAUUCACAGCUCUUUGGUGGUUUAAUGGUUUGAAGCAUCAUAAGCUGAAAAAUCACUUUGCAUGCCUUGGAUGCAUGGCUGGAGAUGCUAUACAUAUUUUAAAAAAAAAAAAAG